UUCCGCCGUAUUAUUUUUGAUAUCUGUCGUGAUUUCGACCGCGUUGGCGAUGUGAAUUUCAAGCGGCAAUGCUGGAUUUGCUCAGAGAUGUAUUUUUCCGCGAUGGAGGCUUUUAUUAUGGACUGUUAAGCUGUAGUCUACCUUCGCUGGACAGCAAAACAAAGACUGCAUAUUACUGUUCAGGUGAAACAAAGGGACUCCGAUCAUUUCUGAACGUGUGAGAAGAGUAAAUCCUCCUCCAAAAAAUGAAAGGAUGAAAGGUGGUGAGGUUGUGGACAAAGAGGAACGAUGAAUCUGUCAUGUAGAAUAGAUCCUCACGGCCUCUCCUGGUAAGAAGAGGGAGCCGUGGGAGACAGCGGCUGUAGGAGGAUCAGUGGUGUUGAUAAAGGGCCCAAACCGCAGCUCUGGCGGAAGGUAGUAGAAUGGCUAACCAGAGCUUUGCCAUUGACGGCCCUGGCAGUUUGCUGGCUGUGCUGGCCUCCCAGAGCGGACUGGCAAGAGGCGGCAGCAGCAGCAGCAGCAGUGGCAGCAGCAGCAACAGUGGAGGAAUCUCUGCCUCAGAUGUGUCUACCUACUUCAAGCUGGUCUUCUUGGGUUUGAUCAUCUGUGUCAGCCUCGCAGGCAACCUCUUGGUUUCCUUGCUGGUCCUACGAGACAGGGCACUCCACAAGGCCCCCUACUUCUUUCUCCUGGACCUGUGCCUGGCCGAUGCGGUUCGCUCUGCUGCCUGCUUCCCCUUUGUCCUGGUGUCCGUCCACAACAGCUCGGCCUGGACUUACAGUGCCUUGAGUUGCAAAGUGGUGGCUUUUAUGGCUGUACUAUUUUGUUUUCAUGCUGCCUUCAUGCUGUUCUGCGUGGCUGUUACCCGCUACCUGGCCAUCGCCCACCAUCGAUUCUACGCCAAGCGCAUGACCAUCUGGACCUGCGCCGCCAUCAUUUGCAUGGUGUGGACCCUGGCUGUUGCCAUGGCGUUCCCGCCCGUCUUUGAUGUGGGGACAUACAAGUUCAUCCGUGAUGAGGAUCAGUGCAUUUUUGAACACCGCUACCUGAAGAGCAACGACACCCUGGGCUUCAUGCUCAUGCUGGCUGUGGUGGUCCUGGCCACCCAUGGCUUCUACGCCAAGCUGCUGCUGUUUGAAUACAGGCACCGCAAGAUGAAACCUGUUCAGCUGGUGCCAGCCAUCAGCCAGAACUGGACCUUCCACGGUCCUGGGGCCACAGGUCAGGCUGCAGCUAACUGGAUUGCGGGGUUUGGCCGUGGUCCAAUGCCCCCGACUCUACUGGGCAUCAGGCAAAAUUUACACAACCAACACCGGCGGCUGCUGGGGAUGGAGGAGGUCAGGUCAGAGAGGAGGCUGGGCAGGAUGUUCUACACCAUCACCCUGCUCUUCCUGGUGCUCUGGGCUCCUUAUAUCGUGGCGUGCUUCUGGAGGGUAUUCGUCAAGUCCUGUGCCAUCCCUCACAGGUACCUCUCCAUCACAGUGUGGAUGAGCUUUGCCCAGGCUGGAGUCAACCCCAUCUUCUGUCUCCUGCUCAACGAGGACCUGAGGAAAGUGCUGAGAGCCCACCUGCCCACCUACUGGAGGACUAAACAACACCUGCCGCAGGACGAGGCCUACUGCAUCAUGUGAUAAGAUGUGGGCUGGCUUAGCAAUGAUCUUAACGAGGGGAAUGUUUCAUGUUUAUUGAGGACAUUUGGAGAAUGCAGCGCAAUGCACCUUGAUUAAGUGUCAGUGUCUGUUCUGUUGUUUUCCACAACAAAAUGAAAGUUCACCAACAAAUGCAGGCACAAUGCCAUUUGAUUAAGAAUGUUUAUAUUAUGAAUGAAAAUGCCUGGCCAUUUUUCUUCUGUGGCAGGUGGGAAGGUUCAAACAGGGCGAUAGAAAAGUCCUGGUAACUCUUUCAUGGACUGUGGUUUUGUUAAUGUACUGUAUAGCUAGGAAAGAUCACAACAAUCACCAUACCAAGUAAGUAUGACAGAUGCCAUUUUAAAAUAAUGUUGCCUUAUUUCAAAAGGGACACGCCCUAGAGCUUUCUACUGAGAAUUAGCUUUUGUGUCACAUGAGACGCAAAACAGAUACACAGAGGGUUGAAAAUCCCUGCAGGAAUGUACUGGUGGACUAUUGAUAGAGAAUGUUGAUCAGUGUAUUACUAACUUUGAAACGCAUCAAAGAACUCAGAGGGUCUGAAAGGAGCUCUCCUCACCCUGGAUGCUUUUUUCAAACGAUUCAGAGGAGACUGCAAAAUAUCAAGUGGACAUGAAACCCUUGGAUACAUUUAAAUAGCUGUUGUGAACCCAAAUCCCUAACAUGCUUGAUUUUUUGGACUUGGUUUAGGGCGUGUCAGGUUUGUUUGUAUCAUAAAAAAAUUGCCUGUUUUCCUUUAUUUGUAAACAAUACAUGUUAAGCAGAUGACACUAUUUGAAAUAUGACUUGAUUUCGUAUUGUAUAGACUGUACAGGAAAAUAUAUUCCUGCUUGUGGUGUUUUAUAUAGCAUUUUGUGUGUGCGUGUGUGUGUGUGAGAGAGAGAGAGAGAAAGGAAGAAAGAGAUAGAAAAAGAAGAAGGGAGGCAGGGGGAGGGAGAGAAACAGAGAGAGAAGGAGACAGAAAUAAUGAUGAUAGAAUAGGUUCCAGUAAUAUUGAGUCAAUAUGAAAGCAACCUCAUUUUCUAGUCUUAAAAUCAUGACAAAUCGAGCAGUUAUCUUAUGGAAAUUUAUCCUUUGAAGAGAUUGCUGCAGCUGACAAUAACAUAUUUUGAUUUUGAUGACGAUGUACAAGCAUAUUUGAAAUACAGAUGGAUAAUGAGACAGAAUGAUUACAAAACAUCAAUUGUGCAUUGCAGGCUAUAGACCAUGGGAUUUAAUGACGUGAAUGAUGAUAUAUGGGACAGAGCUUGAAAAAUCUUCUGCAAAUAAGUCAAACAUUCAUUAUUUGCAAAUAAUGAUCUUGGGAAUGCUUCUCAAGUGUGGUUAGGGUCUCAUCAGAAUGCAAAUGUUCAAGAAAUGAAGUGGCACUUAACAAGGAGGAAACUUGAAUGUGACCAGGUCCCCUAUAUUUCCCCUGAACAUAAAUGUCAGCCAUUUGAGUAUCUGGGUCACAGUACAUUCAGAAUAAGUUUCGGGACUGGACACGACUUGAAAGAUGUUUGAUAUAUGGAAAUAGGCUUUGACUACACCAAGUUGGCUCUCCAAAUUAAGAUUCAUGUAAUGAAAAUGUCUGACCUAUGUUAGGCAUAGAUAUAUGCAUAUAUGUGCAGUCAAUUUUCUAAAUGUGGACACUUGCACAGCAUACUGUAUUAGCAUGCAUUCCACUGCAUUUCAUAGAUCCAAGACUGGGAAUUAAAAAAUGUACAGAUGUCGAUAAGGGAAAGACGAAGUGAAAAGUGAAAUGAGGUCCAUGAUUUUUUGCGUCUGGCAUUCCUUCGCAAGAUGAUAUUCUGUAACUGUACAGUUAAACUGAGGUGGUUCUUUUGCCCACUCAUCAAUAAAGACUCUACUUUUGA